CAGCUGUGGUUGUGGGGUGAGGUCUUAGCUGCCUGGAAUUGACAGGCCAGUUAGGAGAGGGGCUUCACCACUGAGCUCACUGCCAUUUAGCAUGUGUUAUAAGAGGAAGCCUCAGGAGGGGGACAUCACCUAGAGCUUGGGGAGGUUCUAGGAGAGCUUCCUAGAGGCGGUGGCAUCCUGUCCUGGGACAGGAUUUCCCCUGGGGAUGCUGGCCAGAGCAGAAGCUGGGCAGGAUGGCUGCACCCAAGCCAGGAGCAGCUCACAGCCAGACCCCAGUGAAUGUCUGAGACAAGUUUGCGCAAAUGUUCUGUGUACGCUGAGGAGGUGACAUGUGGAGUCCCCUGCCAUCCCACUCCUGAGGUCUGUUGACUCCUUGCCUGUUUGCUGUCACACCCAGAAUGGACCGCAGCAGUCUCCUGCCUUUUCAGCUCUGGUGCCCCCGGCCCUUCGGCACCUACUCUCAGAACCAGACACGUCCACCUUCCGCUGUGCUCAAGCCAUCAGCUUGCCCUGAGCCCGGCAGUGGGGCUGAGCCAGACCAUGGGCCUGCACACUCAGAGAACACCCCGCCUGCUUUGGCCGAUGCCCCUACCUCCCAGUCCACUCCGCUUCUCUCAGCUUCUGCAGCAGGUGAUGAGGGUCGAGUCCUGCUAGACACGUGGUAUGUUAUCAAGCCCGGGAAUACCAAGGAGAAGGUGGCCUUCUUCGUGGCGCACCAGUGCGGCGGAGGUAGCCGGGCCAGCUCCAUGAAAGUUAAGGGGCACUGGGGCAGUGACAGCUCCAAGGCUAAGCGGAGGAGGCGCUGUCUUGAACCCACCAGGGCUCCUCCAGACCCAGGGGGCCAGGAGGGGUCCCCUGCUGCUGAAGGGGGCCCCACUUCAGCUGGGGAAGAUGUAGACCUCCUCUCUGUAGCUGAGAUGGUAGCCCUGGUGGAACAGAGGGCUGCCCUGGCCCUGCAGAGCUAUCCACGCCCCGCCACCCCAGCACCUGUGGUUUUUGUGUCAGCUGAGCAGGGUGGGCCUGCCAAGGGGCUAGGGUCUGAGAGGCGUUCAGGUGCUGGUGACUGCAGCCGUGUGGCUGAGGCAGUGGCCCACUUCGAGGCCCAGCGGGACAACCCUCCAACUAAGGGCCUCCGCAAGGAGGAGCGGCCUGGGCCAGGUCCCGGUGAGGUACGCAUUGCCUUCCGCAUCUCCAAUGGCCGGGAGCCCCGGGCACCAGAUGGCAGCUUACCCAACGGAAACGGGGGCCGGCCUGGUUGCACCUACCCUGGCAGUCCUGGGCCUGGGGCCCGAGCCAAGGACAAGAUCACCUGUGACUUAUACCAGCUCAUCAGCCCCUCCCGGGAUGCCCUUCCCAGCAACGUGGAAUUCCUGCUGGCUAGGGCAGAUGAAGCUAGUGAGAGUGAGAGCCCAGCCCCUGCCAGGCCUGAGGACACUCCCCCGGCACCCCCGCCACCCCCUGCCCGGGACUGCGGAGCCUCAGGCUUUCAUGUGGAUGUGGUUGUGACUGGUGUAGUGGACGAGUGUGUCUUCUUUGGUAAGGAUGGCACCAAGAACGUGAAGGAGGAGACAGUGUGCCUGACAGUGAGCCCCGAAGAGCCACCGCCACCUGGCCAGCUCUUCUUCCUCCAGUCCCGGGGGCCAGAUGGGCCCCCUGAACCACCCCCAGCUGAUGCACCAACCACAGUGCCCGGCCCAGAUGAUGCUGAGGGGACAGCAGACACCUCCUUGUGCCGCCUAUACCGGCAUGUAUCGCAUGACUUCUUGGAAAUCCGCUUCAAAAUCCAGCGGCUGUUGGAGCCGCGACAAUAUAUGCUGCUGCUGCCCGAGCAUGUGCUGGUCAAGAUCUUCAGCUUUCUGCCCACACGGGCCCUGGCUGCCCUCAAGUGCACCUGCCACCACUUCAAGGGCAUCAUCGAGGCGUUCGGUGUGCGUGCUACAGACUCUCGCUGGAGCCGAGACCCACUCUACCGCGAUGACCCUUGCAAGCAGUGCCGCAAGCGAUAUGAGAAGGGCGAUGUGUCCUUGUGCCGCUGGCACCCCAAGCCCUACCACCACGACCUGCCUUACGGACGUUCCUACUGGAUGUGCUGCCGCCGAGCUGAUCGCGAGACACCGGGCUGCCGCCUGGGCCUGCACGAUAACAACUGGGUGCUGCCCUGCAACGGGCUGGGUGGGAGCAGAGCAGGCCGGGAAGAGGGGAGGUGAAGCCGGGGAUGGGAGGGGAGCCCACUGUGUCCGUCCCCUCCCCCUCCCUGGGAGCCAGGGUCUGGACUGGGCCACCAGCCCACAACCCCCCCAGUCCAGGCAGUGUUGACCCUCCCAACACCAGAACUGAGAUCAGCUUUCUGGGGGAUCCAAGAGGACACUCUGGUUGACCCAUUGGUUUUCUACUCUUGACCCAGGGCCGGGAACCCUCAAGUAGGGUGUUUUUUAUCAGCAUCUCAAUUUCUUCUCCAUUCAGCCCCAGCACCCUCCCUGCAACUCUACACCCCAGGGACCCACCAGCAGGGAGCAGAUGGCAGCUAAUUUUGGUACCACCUAAGGCUUCCCCCCGCCUCGCUCCCCUUCUUUGCCUCUUCCCUCCCUGUAGCUCUUUGCGUCUGGAGCUGUUUGCGCACCCAGGUUGGUACCUCCACACCUCCCACCCCAGGGCUUACCUCUUGGAAUUAGGAGCUAUCUGAUUACAGAUCAAAUUUGGCUCUUUCCCCUGGCAGCCUACCAUUUCUAGACUUUCCCAUUAGAGAAAUAAAAAUUACUUCUUUCUCUUUAACUACAAGCUACCAGUCUUUCCUCUUCCUUGACAAGGAAGGGGGGGAAAAAACCCUAAAGUAUAGGCCCCGCCCCACCCCAUUAUUUAAGCUUUGCCAAUGCUCCCCACCCAGUAAAGCUGUGAAGCCCUUUACCUUGCUCUCAACAGCAAGGAGGGCAGGGACUGUGGGUUUGAAUUUCUAAGUGGUUUUUCCUUCCAUUCUGUGUACUUGCUGAGGUGGGUUCUUUACCCAAAACCAACAGCAGGUUUCUUUAUAGAACUUUUUGGUCAACUGGGACCUUGAUUUUCAGGCAGUAUGGUCUGGGGUAUUUUUGUUUGUUCUGUUUGGGAUUUGUUGUUUUUGUUUCUCCAUCAUUGUGGUUCUGGAAGAUUCUAGCAUGUGGCAUCUGGCCAAUUUUUGAAUUGGUCCUUUCUAUAAACUCAAUAUUUAUAAGGCUGGGCCUAGACUGUUCUGUGUGUUGUGCAGGGAGGGAGGCUGGGAAGAAAAGAGCUAGGGCCUAUGCACAGUAGGAUGGAAAAUGUACCAAAGGGAUCUGUAGCCAAAUUCCUCAGCCUAAGAUUAUUUUUGACUCUCUCAUCUGUGCUGGUUUUGAUUUGAAAAUCUCAAAAUAGUUGUGAUUUAAACAAGAUCAUUUUUACUUCUUUAAAAAUCCAGUGUUAAGCAUGACAGGCUCAAGCCCCCAAACCUCUCUUCCCUCAACUGCUGUUCUUUCACUGUUGCCCUCAUCAUCAUGGUCUGAGAUGGCUGUGGGAAUCCAGCCACCUCCUUUCUGCAGGCAGGGAAGCACCCUUCCUCCCUCUAGUACUGCACUAUGUGUGCUUUCAUACACACUUCACUGGUCAGUAGGUAGCUAUACACAGCUGCAAAAAUGGGAAGCUGGGAAAUGGAGUCUUAGCUGGGUGCAGUGUGCCCAGCUAAAGUUCACUAAUAAAGAUCCCUGUAGGGGCCGAG